GUCGGCAACAAAAAGUGCUAUUUUUAAUCAAAUUGGGAAAUCCAUUUUAUUUCGCGCGGCGUCUUGGGACUAAAGUGAUUCAAAAUCCGAAAAGGAGAAUAGAAAGUACCAACGUGUUAUAUGUGUUCUUGCAAUUGGAACCUAUAUAGAGUAACGAAGAAUCACAAGACUCACAUCAGCUUUGACAAUUGGAACUAUCUAAGUUACUGUCAUGUGAUAUAAUGUUGGAAAUUCAACCUCAAGGGAAAAGUCUACGUCAAAGAAGAAAAUCUGCAGCAAACCUACCAUUUAUAGAUAUUAAAACAGAUAAUAGUAAAAAGCUUUUAUUCAAUGAAAUGGGAAAGACACCUGUCUCUCAAGAGGAAACAGAGGAAGAAGGAAAGGUGUUGUUUUCAAAUUUUUUAGUGAAAGAAAUCUGUAAAGAGAGGAACAAGGUGGAAAAUGAACAAAUCACACCAGAGCUGUUACAAAAGGAGCUGCACUUGUGUACUCCAUCGGAUCACAAGAACCAGGCAUGGAUUCAAGUGGGUACAGAAUUGAGGAGAUAUGCUGAUGACUUUGCCAAAAGCAAAGAAAGAAAAAAAGUGCGAAAUAAAGCUAAUGAAAUAUUGGAGCGACAAGGCAGCAGCCCUAUUGCAAGGGAGCAGUUCAGAGCAAUGCUCUCCGAACUACUCAAAGGUGGCAUCACCAGGCACAAAAUCAUUGUGCUGUUCUUUUUCUGUGUCGAUGUUACCAUAGCAGCCAUGUACAGAACCAUAGAGCUGUGCCGAGAUCUUGUGCAGUGGUCGCUGGAGUUCAUAGUGGAGAAAGUGUGCUCAUGGGUACAGAACAACGGCGGAUGGGGUGCAGUGUUCGACUCAUCAAUGAAGUUCAUUGGCAAGGCGGCGACAGUCCUUAUCUUUGGUGUUCUCUGCUACUAUGGAUACAAGAGAUUCUCACAAGUGGCACCAGUUCUCGACUAAAAACAAUCAACUGAAGGCCUAGACAAUUAGUGUAAUUUGAUGAUUCCAAAUGUACUCUUGUAGUAAAUGUUAAACUGAAAUGGAUCCAGAUUUGGGGUCAGCAUGAAUUGUAUGUUGAUGAAAUUUUAUUGGAUAACAUGUUAAUCCAUUCUUGUUGCAGGAUAAAUUGUUAAAGCUUGUUUAAAACAGGCCUUGUUCAACAUGAACAUUUAAACAUACUUUGCAUGGGAAAAGUGAUCAUCACUCAACUUUCCAAAGGAAAUUGCUUGAAAAAAGAUUAAAACUUUACCUUUAAUUGUGAAAAAGUAUUAGCACCAAACUUUUUACAGUUCAUUUGCCGUGAGAAAUGCCGAACAUUGAAGCUCUAAAACCUAUUAAGUUUGUGAAAAGUGAUAUACACUGAUCUUUUAAAGAGGCAUUUCAUGUCAAAAGUGAUAUACACCGAUGCUUUAUAGAGGCAUUUCUUGUUAAAAGUGAUAUACACUGAUGCUUAAAAGAGACAUUUCUUGUUUAAGGUGAUACACACUGAUCCUUAAAAGAGACAUUUCAUGUAAAAAGUGAUAUACACUGAUGCUUUAAAGAGGCAUUUCUUGUUAAAAGUGAUAUACACUGAUCCUUAAAAGAGACAUUUCUUGUUAAAAGUGAUAUACACUGAUGCUUAAAAGAGACAUUUCUUGUUAAAGGUGAUAUACACUGAUCCUUAAAAGAGACAUUUCAUGUAAAAAGUGAUAUACAGUGUACACUGAUGCUUUAAAGAGGCAUUUCUUGUUAAAAGUGAUAUACACUGAUCCUUAAAAGAGACAUUUCUUGUUAAAAGUGAUAUACACUGAUUCUUAAAAGAGACUUUUCUUGUUAAAAGUGAUAUACACUGAUCCUUAAAAGAGACAUUUCUUGUUAAAAGUGACAUACACUGAACCUUAAGAAGGACAUUUCUUGUUUAAAGUGAUAGACACUGAACCUUUAAAAGGCAUAGCUUGUGGAGAGUGAUAGACACAGAUCCUUUAAAAGGCUUAGCUUGUGAAAAGUGACAGACACAGAUCCUUUUAAAGGCUUAGCUUGUAAAAAGUGAUAGACACAGAUCCUUUAAAAGGCUUAAUAGCUUGUGAAAAGUGAUAGACACUGAUCGUUUAAAAGGCUUAGCUUGUAAAAAGUGAUAGACACAGAUCCUUUAAAAGGUUUAGCUUGUGAAAAGUGAUAGACACAGAUCCUUUUAAAGGACAUUGCUUGUGAAAAGUGAUAGACACAGAUCCUUUUAAAGGACAUUGCUUGUGAAAAGUGAUAGACACAGAUCCUUUUAAAGGACAUUGCUUGUGAAAAGUGAUGGACACUGAUCCUUUAAAAGGACCUUGCUUGUGUAAAGUGAUAGACACAGAUCCUUUUAAAGGACAUUGCUUGUGUAAAGUGAUAGACACAGAUCCUUUUAAAGGACAUUGCUUGUGAAAAGUGAUAGACACAGAUCCUUUAAAAGGACCUUGCUUGUGUAAAGUGAUUAAUGCUGAUACUUAAAUAGUACAUUGGUAGUAAAAAGUGAAAGACCCUGAUCCUUUAAAAGGCCUUAGCUCGUUGAAAGUGACAGACACUGAUCCUUUUAAAGGACAUUGCUUGUGGAGAGUGAUAGACACUGAUCUUUUAAAGGGCUUAGCUUGUGAAAAGGGAUAAACACUAAUUAUCUUUUCUUGUGAAAUGUUAUUUCCACUUUUUCAGGCUUUGCUUGUGGCUUGAUAUUUGAAUGUCUACAAGGUAUGUUACUAGUCAUUUUUGAUGCUCUUUGAGUAAAAAUGGAAAACUAAAAGAAAGCAGUUGGCUUUGCAAUUACAAAUCUGCAUAAACUUUUAAAAUUUGGUAGUGGAAGUUCUUUACAGAAAACUAAAACAUUCACCGAUAUUUAUUUUUAUCGUCAUUUUAAGAAUCAGACAUUGUCUAAAUUCUUGACCAUUAAUCAAUUAACUCAAUUAAUUUUAUGCAUGUGCAAUGUUUACAGUAUUUAUUUCUGCAAUCAUGUUUUUAAAACUAUGGUUUCAAAUAAUGUUAACCCUUGAAGAAACUUUUUAAAUGUUAAUUUUUGUAUUUUGUAUGAUAAUUUAUUUGAUACUUUUAAUUUCACUGCCUUGAGAGUAUAGUUUUGUUUUGAAAUGAUUGUGCCUUAGAUUGGCAUGAUUAAUCUUUGCAUAUUUAUUUAAGUUAUUUUCAAUUACCUUUGUAGCAUGUGCCAAAGCGUUCUUCAAAGAUAUUUAUUUAUUGCUUUCAACUUGCUUAUUACUACCUUAAACAAAAGAAGGAAAGCACAAGUGUUUAAUGUAUUCAGAGUUUUAUGAUUUAAUUUUUUUAUUGUAGUUUAAAAAAAAAUGAACUUAACUUUAACAAUAACAUCUUUGAUCUUAUUGUUAUAAACAACACUUUGAUAGUAAUUGAUUUACAUUUUGAGUUUAAAAGUCUCUAAAGAUUAUCGUAAUCACUAAUAAUGGUAGAUAACUACAAGUGAGAUCAGCUGGGUAUUUUAUGACACCUGUUAUGAAUCAGUGAAUCAUGCAUGAUUAGUCAAGGACUAAUGAAAGUUGUAUGAAAUUUUACUUUGGAUUUCCAGUAUUAGGUCAGGAAGAAAAAAUUGA